AUUGGAAUCUUCUCAACAGCCCCUGAUGAAUUUAGACAGUUAGAAUCUGUGUAACUGGAAUGUACUAUAGAUGUAGGGCAGUUUUAUCAUGAAUGUCUGAACUCAGAUGAGUUUUUAAUAUGAUAGAAGAAAGGAGUUGCUGCUUUUUUUUUUUUUUAAAGUAAGAAGUCCUUGCUGAAUAAUGGUUAAAUACUCCUGUGGUUAAAACAGACUCCAAGCCCCAGUGCCAGGCUUUGGGAAUAUCCAAGGGUAUAAAGACAGGUGUUUUUGCCCUUGGGACGGGGUAGGGUUGGGGAAGGUGGCAUAUAGUAAAUGGGAAGGCAGACUAUUAUCAGCUUUACCAUAUAGGAAACAACAUAGAAACAAAACCGAAUUUAAUGUGCUACAAGUGUAGUAUGUAAAGUUCAGUAAACUCCAAGUAACAAUGAGAUGAAUUAGGGAAUAUUUGUGAAUUGUAAAAUUUGAAGUGAAUUUGGGAGGCAAUGUAUUAGAGUCAUAAAGAGGCAUGGACUAUUAAUGGAGUUAGAUGGAACUUCAUUCAGGUUUUGGUUAGGGUUUAUACUAUGAGACCUUGGGCAGUUUACUUCUUCAUCCUUGUCUAUAAAGUGUGUGCAAGCAUUCAAGGAAAUGUUAGGAAUAAAAGAAAAGAUCUUCCAGGCAGAAAGGUUAGAAUGCGCAGUGUGCACUGCUGGCAUGAAUGACUGAGUUGUGUUUGUCGGGGGAAUGAGUGAGAGUGAUUGGAAGAAUGUGGGCUGGUCAGGUCAUGGGUAGAGCAAGCAAGAGGGUGGAGGGGACUCAGUAGCCUGACUCUGUUGUGUGUUGAGGGAAGAAGGGUCAAUAGAAUCAUUGUAGGUCCUUGAACAAAGGAUGGAUUUAAUGAGAAGUAUUGAGCCUUCUGGUCCAGGAACUCAGGGACAAGGAGUCAGGCAGGCACCGGUACAUUGUGACUCUUCUUCUUUUCUGGACCAUCCUGGCUUAAAGGGAUCAGCCAGAAGACAAGAUUCCUGUGUAAGUUUUUGUAUUCACACACCUCACUCACUAUGCUGAGCUCUGCUUGUGCCUGUCUCACAUUGUACUGACGUGUGGGGAAGUCUCAAGACUAUGUUUGGAUUCGCCUCAAGAGCUUAUGGUGGAGGCCUGAAUUUUGAUCGAUGUCCUCCUUACAUCCACUGCCUGAAGGUACUUAAUGAUCUCAUGACCCUGGACAUGGAUGCUGUCCUGUCGGACUUUGUUCGUUCCACAGGAGCUGAGCCAGGGCUGGCCCGAGACCUCCUAGAAGGAAAGAAUUGGGAUGUGAGCGCUGCCCUCAGUGAUUUUGAACAGCUACGUCAGGUCCAUGCCGGGAGCCUGCCCCAACCCUUUAGUGAAGGCAGCGGCACCUCCAGGACCCCGGAAAAGGGGUUUUCUGAUAGAGAGUCUGCUCGCCCUCCCCGACCUCCCCUGCAGCGGCAGGAUGACAUCGUUCAAGAAAAACGCCUGUCUAGGGGCAUCUCCCACGCCAGCUCCAGCAUUGUUUCCCUGGCCCGGUCCCAUGUCUCCUCCAAUGGUGGGGGUGGGGGGAGCAGUGAGCACCCCCUGGAAAUGCCCAUCUGUGCCUUCCAGCUUCCAGAUCUCACUGUGUACAAUGAAGACUUCCGCAGCUUCAUAGAGAGAGACCUCAUCGAACAGUCCAUGCUGGUCGCCUUGGAACAGGCAGGGCGCUUGAACUGGUGGGUGAGCGUGGACCCCACUUGUCAGAGGCUGCUUCCUUUAGCAACUACUGGAGAUGGAAACUGCCUUCUGCACGCAGCCUCUCUUGGGAUGUGGGGUUUCCACGAUCGGGACUUGAUGCUGCGGAAAGCUUUGUAUGCACUGAUGGAAAAGGGAGCCGAGAAGGAAGCGUUAAAACGACGCUGGAGGUGGCAGCAAACGCAGCAGAACAAGGAGUCAGGGCUGGUAUACACAGAGGAGGAAUGGCAGAAGGAGUGGAAUGAGCUGAUCAAGCUUGCCUCAAGUGAGCCCCGCAUGCAUCUAGGUACCAAUGGAGCCAACUGUGGUGGAGUGGAGAGUUCAGAGGAGCCUGUGUAUGAGAGUCUAGAAGAAUUCCACGUCUUCGUCCUUGCCCAUGUGCUCAGGAGGCCCAUAGUCGUCGUGGCAGACACCAUGCUGCGGGACUCCGGGGGAGAAGCAUUUGCUCCUAUUCCCUUCGGGGGGAUCUAUCUGCCCUUGGAGGUCCCAGCCAGCCAGUGUCACCGCUCCCCUCUGGUGCUCGCCUAUGAUCAGGCCCACUUCUCUGCGCUCGUGUCCAUGGAACAGAAGGAGAAUGGCAAGGAACAAGCUGUGAUCCCGCUUACAGAUUCAGAGCAUAAACUGCUGCCCUUGCACUUUGCUGUGGACCCUGGAAAGAGCUGGGAGUGGGGCAAAGAUGACAGCGACAAUGUCCGAUUGGCCAGCGUGAUCCUGUCCCUAGAGGUCAAAUUGCACCUGUUGCACAGCUACAUGAAUGUGAAGUGGAUCCCAGUGUCCUCGGACGCACAGGCUCCCCUGGCCCAGCCUGAGUCCCCUACAGCCUCAGCUGGAGAUGAGCCCCGGUCCACUCCCGAGUCUGGGGAGUCAGACAAGGAGUCGGUCGGCAGCAGUUCUGCCAGCAACGAGGGCAGCAAGCGGAAGGAGAAGUCAAAACGGGAUCGGGAGAAAGACAAGAAGAGGGCCGAUUCGGUGGCUAAUAAAUUGGGCAGCUUUGGCAAAACCCUGGGCAGUAAGCUCAAGAAGAACAUGGGAGGCCUGAUGCACAGCAAGGGCUCCAAGCCUGGGGGGAUGGGGACGGGGUCAGGGCUGAGCAGUGGCACUGAGACGCUGGAGAAGAAGAAGAAAAAUUCCCUGAAGAGCUGGAAGGGUGGCAAAGAGGAGGCCGCGGGGGAUGGGCCUGUGUCUGAGAAGCCCACCUCUGAGUCCGUGGGUAGCGGAGGAAGCAAGUAUAGCCAGGAGGUGAUGCAGAGCCUGAGCAUCAUGAGGAUUGCGAUGCAAGGGGAGGGGAAGUUCAUUUUUGUUGGAACCCUGAAGAUGGGUCACCGUCACCAGUAUCAGGAGGAGAUGAUCCAGCGCUACCUGUCUGAUGCUGAGGACAGGUUCCUCUCGGAGCAGAAACAGAAGGAGGCAGAGAGGAAGAUCCUGAAUGGAGGGGUGGGGAGUGGGCCUCCUCCAGCCAAAAAACCAGAGACAGAUGGCGGGGAGGAGCUGCUGACUGCCCCCCAAACAGAGUCCAAGGCGAUGGCAUUCUCUACUGGCUACCCCGGGGGCUAUACAAUCCCUCGGCCUUCUGGGGGCGGAGUGCACUGCCAGGAACCCCGGAGGCAGUUGGCAGGGGGUCCGUGUGGAGGGGGCCUUCCACCAUAUGCCACCUUCCCUAGACAGUGCCCUCCUGGGCGACCCUACCCCAAUCAGGACAGCAGCCUUUCUCUGGAGCCAGGCAGUCACUCCAAGGAUGGAGUUCACAGGGGUGCAUUGUUACCACCCCACUUCCGCGUGGCUGAUUCCUAUAGCAACGGCUUCCGAGAGCCCCCUGAGCCAGAUGGAUGGGCUGGAGGGCCCAGGGGGCUUCCCCCAACCCAGACCAAAUGCAAACAACCGAACUGCAGCUUCUAUGGACACCCCGAGACAAACAACUUCUGCUCCUGCUGUUACAGGGAAGAACUGAGGAGGCGGGAACGGGAACCGGGUGGGGAGCUCCUGGUGCACAGGUUCUGAGGGGGGGACCGUGGAGGGCAAGGGGGCUAAACAAAGAAAGUUAAGCUCAACUAAUUGGCUCAUCAAGACCCAGCCCCCGUGUUGCUGGGGCAACUGCAGUGAUGUUUGUGGGAGCCUGGCUGGAAACCUGAGUGUGUGCGCGCUGGAGGGCUGCCAGGCCGGCACCUCCAGGGCUGGACGAGUCCCUUGCACACCUUAAUAGGACUGAGGAGGUACAAGGGGGAAGGAUGGUGAUUCUGUCUCGUAACCCCUUGGGUCCAGCCCAGGACCGGAGGGAAAGCAGUAGGGGCAGGUGUGGGGUGGGGAGGUAGCAGACGUCUGGGGAAGGAACAGGCAAAGGUGGUUCUCAGUCAAUAAAGGAAAAAAACACACCAAAGUUCUUUUAGGUCGGAAAAGAGCACAUGGUGGUGGAGUUGGGGUGUGGAGAGAAGCUGGGAAAUUGACACAUUUGCUGUUGAUUUUGAAUUAAGAUAGAGAUUAGGUUGGGUAUUCUCCUGAGUAAUCUGGAGAGACAAGGCAGUAAUGUGUGCCUGUGGGUGCCUGUUAGAGGGAGGGAGCUUCAAUCGGUUUAUUGUGACGGGAAAGGGAAGAACUUAGAAGGGGAAUCCUUUUCCUCUUAGGUUUUAUUUCCUCCUAAAUACCGUCUGUUGUCUGUUCCAGCUCAGGAGAUUGCCGAUCGCCCCCGAUCUUCUCCUCAUCCUUUUUGAGGGCUGAGCUCAGCUAAGGUGGUUGUGAUUUUUUUUAAAAAGACUUUCAUUUUAUUUAAAAAAAGGAAAAGGAAAAAGUGCCCUCUGGGGAAGGGAGGAGAGUGAUGAGAAGAGCAGCUGCGUGUGUGUGUGGAAUUUUCUCCAGGUGAAUCGGGGUGGAGGUGACCUUUUUUAACUACUUAGCAAUAACCAUGUCUUGGCGCGGGAGCGCGCCUGGGGAGGGGUGGGAGGAGGACAGACCUUUGGCCAGACUGUUUCAGACAAAACCAAAAACCUAAAUUGAGCACUACCAUCCUCUGCUGCUGCAUUUCUGUAGAAAGCAACUUAUUUUUUGACUUUUUUAAAGGAAAAGAAACAAA